CCCCUCGCCUCUUCCCUCCUCCUUCUCCGGUCGGCCGGCUACAUUCCCUGCUACUCUUCACCACCGAGAAUCUCCGAGCUGAAAGCGACGCAGUGCGGACAAACCUCGGAUUAAAAUGGCAUCAGGUGUUACAGUAGAUGAUGAGGUCAUCAAGGUGUUCAACGACAUGAAGGUGAGAAAGUCUUCGACCCAGGACGAGGUGAAGAAGAGGAAGAAGGCGGUGCUGUUCUGCCUGAGCGAGGACAGGAAGAAGAUCAUCGUGGAGGAGGGAAAGCAGAUCCUGGUCGGGGACAUCGGGGAGACUGUGGAUGACCCCUACGGCACGUUCGUCAAGCUCCUCCCACUCAACGACUGUAGAUACGGCCUGUAUGACGCCACCUAUGAAACCAAGGAGUCCAAGAAGGAGGACCUGGUCUUCAUCUUCUGGGCGCCUGAGAACGCUCCUCUGAAGAGUAAGAUGAUCUACGCCAGCUCUAAAGAUGCCAUCAAAAAGAAGUUUACAGGUAUCAAACACGAGUGGCAGGUGAACGGGCUGGACGACAUCCAGGACCGCCAGACGCUGGCUGAGAAGCUGGGCGGGAACGUGGUGGUCUCUCUGGAGGGCAGCCCGCUGUGAUGAGGCGGCGCAGAACCGAGCGGAGCCAAGCCAACCGCUGUGCCAUCAGGACCGACGCAAAAGCCCCUCCCCCCUCACCUGACCGCUGCCGCCAUCAUUUCACCCAGCAGCUUGCUCUGUGUUUCUCCAUGUCCUGAAGGUGUUAGCGUCUUUAGGCCUCUCUGUUUUCUUUUUGUCGUUUUUUUUUUGUUCUACUUUUUUCCAACAUGAAGGAGAUCUCAUUAACAUAUGCAAACACCUCGCAGUUUGUUGCCGCGUGACGCGCGCUCACCUGGCAGAAACACAAAGAAGUACAACCACACCACCAACCCCCACUCCUCCCCAGGAAGGGUGUCUCUCUCUCCCACAGCCAGAGUUUUGCCAAAAAAAAGUCCAUGAAGGAAGCCGCCACGUUUGGGAGGAGAGCACCACGAAGCACUUCCUCUGCUGCACACGGAUCAUGCUUUUUACAUAUGAUUUAUUUAUUAUUGUACCCCGAUGGUUCCUCUCAGCUGUGUCCAAGACGUGUUGUGUUAGACUAUGCAUCCAUUKUUGUUCAAACACUAAACUUCAUGACUUUAAAUUGUGUAUCAGUGUUCCCAAGAUAAGCUCUGUUUACCUCGCAGCUGGUUCUCCUCUGGACUCCCCUCAUUUCAGGUCGCCUUACUUUCAGUUUGAAUGUACCGUCACUGCAGAGUUGGUCUACWUUUAUUUUGUAAAGAAAGCACUACAGGAAGCAGGUUUGACCCCCGUCUCCCCUCAACAGUGAGAGAUGACCCCCCCCAUCCCCCCCUCCACCUCCCUAAACAACAUCUGGAGCCUUAAAGUGGAACGUUGUUUCUGAGAUCACAGGAAGCCACUUUGCAAUAAAAGCCUGUGGCAGACA